AUGAAUUCAUCCGACGAAAGUAACUCGAGUUAUUCGAGUGUUGAUAAACGGAGAAAAAAGAAAAAAUCAAAGCGUGAAAAUAAAGUGUUGUGGAAAGAGAUAGAUAAGUUAAAAAGAAAAUUGAAAAAGAGGCGUCGAUCACGUUCUCGUGAUUCAUCUUAUGGAGAAGAAGAUAGGAAAAGGCGUCGAAAGGAUCAUCGUUAUUUCUCAAGAUCGAGUGUAACCUCUGAUAGAGACAACGGUGAGCUAGCUCGUAGAAGUUCGCCACGUUGUAGUCAGAAUUCUCAGAAUUCUCAAAGUCGCUCGAGAAGCAGAGAAGGCAGCCAUCUUGAAAAUAAAAGCUUUUCAGAGAAGGACAGAGAGAGCGUUGAGUAUCGUCCUAGAGAAAUGCCGCGCUCUAGUCAGGUCUCUAAAAGUGAUAAAGGAACCAAUAAUGAAUUGAAAGAUUCGAUUCUCGCAUUAUUAGGAGAAGACCCUGCCAAAAAUACUUGUGUAGGACCUCAGAUCCAUCGAGCAAUAGUGGACCGAUGGACAGACAUUUUGCAGAACGGAUUACCUAAAGACAAAAAAGAGGAAAUUUUAAAAAAAUAUUCACCAGCAGAAAAUUGCUCUAUGCUUCAGGCUCCUAAACUAGGACCACAUGUCCAAUCUACGAUGAGCACUAUUUCAAUUAAAAGAGAUGCGUAUCAAAUGUUAGCUCAGAAUCAACUUGGCAAGGGUAUUUCGGUGUUAGGUACAGUGUUGACAGAAAUGGUUAACCUGAAAGAUGAAAAAGAAGACCAAGGACAAAUUGCUCUGUUCAGUGAUGCUGCUCGUAUUCUCACAGAUCUUUACCAUACAAUGUCGACGUCGAGAAAAUAUUUUAUUAUGUCAGGUUUUAAUUCUGCUGAAAAAGUCAACCAAGAAGUAUCCAUCGCAGUCAUCAACAACAAGCCGUCCAAAAACUGUCACCGGUCAUUUAAACUACCAGGGCCCCUCCAGGAGGACUCCGUUCAACAGGAAUCAACGGGGGGGCAUGGACAGGGGCAAAUCGAAUUAUCGCCAAUACAACAACCGGCCGAUGCGACGUUAAGCGAAGGAAUAUCCCAUGAACCUUUCCCUGGUGGUAGGGAGGUUAUACGGAGGGCGUUUGCUGCAAAAGGAAUCCCGAAGGAUGCCCAAGAAAUAACUUUGGCUUCUCUAGCUGACGCAACGCUUAAACAGUACGAAAAGCCGAUAAGGAAUUGGUGGGAAUUUUGCAGAGAUCACCAGCUUCAUAUUUUCGAUGCGACGGAAUCAAAGAUAAUCGAGUUUUUAACAAGCAAUUUUCAAGAAGAUGCUUCCUAUGGAACCUUAAACAACUAUAGAGCGGCAAUUUCGUUGAUUGUGAAGGCAGAUAUCACGAAUAAUCUAGAGAUAAAACGAUUUUUUAGAGGAGUUUCAAAUUUAAAACCGCAGAAACCCAGAUACGACUACAUUUGGGAUCCGUCUCCGGUACUGAAAUUUAUUUCUUCGCUAGGCUCAAACGAUAAGCUAGACCAAAAACAAUUAACAAAAAAGUUAGUGACCUUAUUAGCUCUAGUCACUGCACAAAGGGUGCAAACUUUAAGCAAAAUCGAUAUAAAUAAUAUAAUUGAAACAGAGAAAUAUAUUCAAAUCACAGUACCGGAAAGAAUUAAGACAUCGGGGAUAAAUAAAAUGCAACCAUUGUUAAACAUUCCCUUUUUCGAGAAAGAUGCCUUACUUUGUGUAGGUCAAACAUUGAAAGAUUAUUUAAAACUGACGGAGACUAUCAGGCCAAGAGGGGAAAAAAGGAUGUUUAUAAGUUUCAAGAAGCCUCAUAGAGCAGCGUGCAGCCAGACCAUCAGCAGAUGGAUAAAAGAGACGUUGGAGGAAGCGGGUAUUGAUACACAAGUAUUCACAUCGCAUAGUACCCGUCAUGCCUCUACAUCCGCAGCGUUAAGGAGUGGAGUCAAUGUAGAGGAGAUCAGAAAGGCCGCUGGAUGGACACCGUCCUCAGAAGUAUUUGCACGUUUCUAUAAUUGUCCACUAAAGGACCCUACUCAGUUUGCAACAAGUAUUUUAAAUACUUAAGUUUAUUUAGUUUGUUAACAGACUCAAAAGUGUUCUAAAAUAAAAAUAAAGUUUUGUUCUUUCGAAGGUAAAAAAUUCUUUUUUAACUCGCAACAGAUCCUCUGAAAGUCUACAUCUUUUGACCUAGAGGACGAGAAGACGAAAUAUAAUUGUAAAAUCAAACGAACUUACCUAAGUGAAGUUCGAUUUCAAUUAUAUGAGUCUUCUCGUCCGAAUAGGUCAA